AAUAUUUAAGAAUUUAUAAAAUAUAUAUAAUAAGAAAAUGUUGUUUGUGCAUUAUGGUUUGGUUUGAAUAAAUAUGGAUAAAUAUGACAUCCUAGGUUCCUUGGGAGAAGGAUCUUUUGGUCGUGUUUACAAAGCUAAACGGAAUACAGAUGGAAUAUUUGUAGCUUUAAAAGUUAUAAGCAAAAGGGGCAGAUCAGUCAAAGAACUAAAAGGUUUUAGACGAGAAUGUGAAAUUCAAAGAGAUCUCAAUCACCCAAAUGUUAUUAAAAUGCUUGAUUCAUUUGAAACGGAUAAUGAAAUUGUGGUUAUUACAGAGUUUGCACAUAAAGAAUUAAAUAAGCUUCUUGGAAAAACUGGAUAUUUAUCUGAAGAUAAGGUUCAACCAAUUGUUUGGGAUUUAGUUUCUGCUUUAUUUUAUUUACAUUCAAAUAGAGUUCUUCACAGAGACUUAAAGCCCCAAAAUAUUCUAAUAGAUGCUAAGAAUCAUGCAAAGCUAUGUGAUUUUGGUUUUGCAAGAAAUAUGAGUACUGGAACACAUGUUUUAACAUCAAUCAAGGGUACUCCUCUAUACAUGGCUCCAGAAUUGAUGGAAGAACAACCAUACGAUUUUAAGGCUGAUUUAUGGUCAUUAGGAUGUAUUAUUUAUGAACUUCUUGUUGGCACUCCCCCUUUUUGUACAAACUCCAUCCUGCAUCUAAUAAGGCUUAUUAGACAUGAAGAAAUACAAUGGCCAACCUUUAUUUCUGAAAACUGUAUUUCUUUUUUAAAGGGAUUGCUACAAAAAAAUCCUGCCAAAAGGAUGGCUUGGGAUCAAAUUUUAAGUCAUUCUUUUGUUAAAAGUCACAUAUACAUAUGCAAAUCAAUCGGGAAACUGCCUCUUACUAGUUCUUCACCAAUUAUGUGUCAUGCUAAGCAACAACAAAAGAUGGAAAUUCUUAAUAAAAAAAGAAUCAAAACUGGCCCUGUGACACAAAAUAUUUUCUCUAGUAAUGAGAAUAAGUCUGAGUUUUAUGUUCAAAAUAACAACUCUAUGAGUGAUGAUUUAAAAAAAUUAUCCCUUAAAACAAAAAAUGUAGAAGCAGGCCAAGCAAAUAGUACUGACUCCAUAAAAACCCUUGCCAAAGUGUUUGGUUCCACAGCUAAUUUAAUUGAAGACAAUCAUCCAAUAGAAUCUGAUGAAUGGAUAGUUUUUCUUAAGAAAAACAUCCAAGAAAUUCAAAAUGGAGAAAUGACCUCACUGACUCAGGCAAAAUUGGCAAGCAUAAUAGUAUCUCCUUUAAGAAAUAAUAAUUCCAGUCCAAAAGUUUUAACUUACAUUGCAAGGUUAAUGUCUAUACCUUUUGUUCUAAGAGGUGUUAUGGAUGAUAUGCUUAAUCAAAUCCAGAAGGUUUAUCUGGAAGUAAAGCUAGUGCCAAAUUUGGUUUACGCCUCCAAAUUACUACUUAAAAACAAUAUUGAAGACAAUUCUUGCACUAAUACUCCGUCACCCUCUUAUUCGCCUCUACCCUCUGCUUUGGAGAACUACAAACAGUUUUUAGAUCUGUCUGAAGACGAUCUGGAAGCCUUGGAGUAUAUUUUUUUGUUAAUAUCGCAUUUGAUAUAUAAAAAUGACGAAUUUAUUAUGCAAUUUUGCGACUCGGUCGUAGUUUUAAAUGUAUAUGUUAUGCUAAAAUUACUUUUACUUAUUGCAAAGAAAAAUAUUAGAAUUGUGUUGAAUACAAUAGCAGUUUUAAUACAGAUGUUAAGAAAAUCCCCAGAAAAUCAAGAUAUAAUAGAAAAAAUCUUGCUGAAUGAAUCAAAUCAUCAAGAUCUUAAACCAAUUUGUUUCGUAGAAUUGUUAAGGCACAAUGAUUAUUUGUUAAGGGAAAGAACAUGCUUUCUUUUGUUAUUUAUGUGUAGAAAUUUACAAGAGAAUACCAUAAGGCUAUUUUGGAAUGAAAAAGUAAGAGAAACAUUAGAAGCUUUAAUGUUUGACUCCAUAGAUACAGUUAGAAAUGCAGCGGAAGUAACGGUUGAAGAUCUAAAGCAAAGAAGUUACUACAAUACAAUUAUUGAAUAAUUACUUACAACCAGUUUUGUCUUGGUCCACAAGAAAAUUAAUGUUUUUAUAUAAAAAAUUAGCAUUGACAUUUUCUGGUAAAAAAAAACAAUUUGAUUGACUAUCCAAUCGAUUCAAUGUGGACUAUGCUCUAGCCAAAAAAAUACAUUUGACAUUCGGAUAAGGAACGCA